GCGCGCAAACCUUUCCGCGGCUCCGCCAAGCGCACGGGGCGCCCCCUUUCGGGCGAAGGCGUGCAAUGCAGGCAGCGGAGGAAUCGCGCUCGGAAGCGCCUCCCCAGCAGCGGCAGACCUUGCCCGGGGGCGCGGGUGGGGAGGCUCCCCUUGCGGCGGCUGCGCCCUGCGCUCGAUCCAAGCAGUUGACGUCCUUCCUGAUCCAAGACAUCCUGCGCCCCGGAGGCGCGGGCGAGGAGAGGGCGGACGGCCCCUGCGUAUCCGCGUCGGAGCCGGAGGCGCCCGGGAGCGCGGAGGAAGCGCGCUGUGCCCAAGGCGAGGCGUCGCCUCCUUUCGAGAAGACCCCCGAGGGGCUGCUUCUUCCCGGCGGAGCGGCCCGAGCCCCCGAGGCGAAGGCAGCAGGUCCACCAGCAGAGUCUUGUCUGCUGAACCACGAGGAUCCUCCCAAAACCCUACUGAGACCCCCGAAGCAGUCAAAGCGCUCACGGGCGGCCUUCUCCCACACGCAGGUCAUUGAGCUGGAAAGGAAGUUCAGCCACCAGAAGUACCUGUCUGCUCCAGAGCGAGCCCACCUGGCCAAGACUCUCAAACUCACUGAAACCCAGGUGAAAAUCUGGUUCCAGAACAGAAGGUAUAAGACGAAGAGGAAACAGUUAGCCUCAGAACUUGGUGGCUUUGAGAAGACCUCUCUCGGUCCCGUCUUCAGAGACAAUGAUUUUGCCAAGGCGACAUUAGCCCUGUCUGUUUACCACACCUAUCAGUACAAUCCAUAUGUUUACUACCUAAACAGCUGGAAUCCUUUCUUCUGGUAACGGUUCUUGAGCAAUCUUGUGUAGUCUAAAAACCGCUAUCACUUACCAGCACUGGCAAUCCUACAUGGCAUGAAAUUCCAGACAGACUUUGCCUGAGAUAUUUGGGUGUUCUUCUCUUCCUCCUUCAUGCUGGGCCUCUUGGGUCUUAUCUGGUACUCUAAAGUCUCCAACGAUGGGUUGUACUGUAUGCACCACGAGGCUGUUCAGAUGCCUUCACAUAUAACAAUGUGCAGCGGUUAACGGUGUUUUUAAAAAAUAUGGGCAUUGUUCCUCAAAGCUGUGCAGUAACGCCAUGGCAUACUUGUUUUGUAGCAGUGGUGGAAUAAUAAAUUUGGAAAUGUAGGCACUCAUCAUGCCCAUCACAAUAGCCAGCCCCUACCCCACUCCCAUUAUGGAAAGUGAAGAACAUGCAGGAUUGAGUCAUAGCAGCAAAUACAGAACAGGUCUUUUGGAAUGUUAAUGGCUCUUAAUUGCCUGGUCAAGACCAAACCAUGCUCAAAUACAGCAGAGACAGCCUGUCGCAGUAUAUUGUUACUUGGGAAAUCCUUUUCUCCUUCAGAUUGCAGCUAAGCACAAAGGGAACAGGGACCUGAGGGGAUGGUGGAUGGAAUUACAAUCCCUGCAGUUCAGUAAAUCUUGAGGUUUUGACCCUGUGAACCCAGGCCCAACUACACCAUCAGUUUGUAGUGAAAGAUCUGUAGUGAAAGAGAUUUGAAAUAAUGGGAGCCCAAAGUCCCCCAUCUGGUGCAAAACUGCUGCCGGUCCAAACAACCAAUACUAGGCUAAUCCUGCCCAAAUAAUCUAACAUUGUGCAGGGAAUUCUAGGAACCAUCAUUCAAAAGAAGUAACUCACUCCACAGGGAGAAAAAAAAUCAUAAGUCAACAAGGAAGCACAUCCUUCGUAUGUAGGGUACAGGGUUUAACCCUCAACAUGAAGGGUGUGACAACACAAUAAUCUUUAACAGACCUCAGAAAACUUCCUUUCUUGGGCACUAGUUUCAGAAAUCCCCACGUCAGCAUAGUGAAGGGCUAGAAUUCCAACGGCUGAGGGGAUUUUGGGACCUGGAGUCUCAAAAGUAACAUUUCCUUGCUUUGGAAAGUGUUGGCAGCUCUCCUCUCACCAAGUCCUGGGGCUAGAUUUUGCACACAUUACUUGUGCCUUCUUUGCAUCUAAUGCUCAGAGUUUUAAAACUGCAAAUAAAGGCAGGUGUCGGGAGAAUCGGUGGAGGUGCGCAACGGGAAUUCCCCCCCCCCGUCCUCCCCUGCCUGUGGUCCUAAAGGAAAUCUCCUCUCUCCAAAGUUGAUAAUCCAGUCAAUGCACUUUCAGAGACAAAAUGCACUCAGAAAAAAAAACAUCCAUCUCAAGCCAUGACAAUCUGGAGACAGUAACCCAGCAUACAAGAAGCAGACCCUGCUUAUGAGUGGCAGACACUCAAAGGGGUAGAACUGAGGUGUUGAACCGUGUGGUAUUCUGUGCCACAAAGACGUUCAUUCAAACAUCACAGACCAAUUGGAGAUUUUUGGGUUGUUGUUUUUUUAAAUGCUUUUCUUUCUAAGUUUAUAAGUCCUUUGGUUUUAAGGGAUUAAUCAACUGGCUUUUCAAUUUCACGAGUAUAGUGUCUAAAUCUUAACGGAAGUGUCUUUCUGAGCUGCUGAAAGAGGUGAGAGACGAGGCAAUCCUCAAAAACAAUAAUCCGGUGCCGUCAAGUCAAUUCUGAUUUAUGACGACCCUUUUCAGAGUUUUCCAGGUAAAGAAAAUUUACCUGCAAAUUACUCAUUACCUGUGGAUGCAACUUUCUUCUGGGACUAUGCAGCUUACCCAGGGCCAAAGAGGCUGGCUUUACAGUUGAAUAAAUCACACUGCGGAAGUCUUUAACUUAAAAAAAAGGCUCAUUUUCUUUUCUUUUUAUAACAAUGCAAUGAUUCAACACAUCUGGAGGGCAAGAGGCUGGGAAAAGAUGCUGUUUAAUAGGUUUGAGAUGUUGAAACAGCAACAGGCUUCUCAAAUCUAUUUCAUUUUUAUUUUACUUUUUUUACCUAGAAGUCAAAGGCAUGUGCAAAAAGCACACACUUGAAUUUAAAGAACAGGGUCGCUUUGAACAGAUUUUGUGCUCAUGGUCGCUUUGGCAGAGAUUUUUUUUAAGUUCCUUUUUUUGGGGGGCUGUGUU